GACGAACACUACUAGCCGCCGUGACCAGUUUCCUCUCAUCUCUCCCCAAGACACACCACCCCCUUUUUCUUGUUUUUGCACCCCCCGAUGGGAGAGAUCAGAACCAUCCAAAAGGCAAAAAGGCAUAGAGAACCGUGUUAGAGAAAGAGAGAGAGAAUCAAUUCAAUCUUGUAGCUACUGUCCCAAUCUUGACAACGUUAUCUCCUUGUAACUUUGAUAACUAUGCCCCCAACAUAAACACACACACACAUGGAUUUGCUUAAACUAGCCCCUUAAUUAUUGUUUCACAUACAGCACCAAAAUAGUAUUCCAAAGUCCAAAUACAUGUUCAACUUUCCUUCUUCUUCCUCCUCUAUGAACUGAACCCAUCAAGCCUCUUUUUUUCUAGAUUCAUCUUGUUGCCUCCCAAAAUGGCAGCUUGUGCUUUGUUUACUGGCGGUGUUAACACCACAGAAGAAGGCAAUGUCACCAACAACAACAACAACUGUGGAAGUAGCUCAAACUCCAGCAACAUGAGCAGUGAAGAACAACAACACACCCUGCUUCAAACCAUGCCACAGCCUCAUUCUGAGAGGAAAAUGGUGAGAAAAAGAAUGGCCUCAGAAAUGGAACUUCAUCACAACAACAACAAUAUCAACAACUCAACCGCCACUAGGUUCUCUAGGAGAAGCAGCACCAACAUGUCCUCUAUGAAUUGUUCUUUACCAGCCACAGAAAAAGCAGCAGCAGCAGCAGCAACAACACCAACAACAUUAGCUGCAGGUACUUGUAAUAACAACAAUAACUAUCAUUAUAAUAAUAGUACUAACAAUAACAAUAUCAAUAACAAUAAUAAUGGUCUUAGUCAUAGUAGUACUUUGUCAAGAGAUAACGUUGCUGCUGCUAUUCAAAUUCCAAAUUACCCCACUGUGACCGUCACAACCAACUACUCCACUAUGCUUCUACCUUCUUCCAUUGUCAAUUCCUCUGCCUCCUCCAUUCCCUCUUCCACCACCAUUGCUUCUCCAAACUACCAUUUCCAAGGACUAGUUGAAAACCAAAACCAAAACCAAACCCAGGACCAAAACCCUGUGCCUCAAGUUUGUGGAUUCUCUGGUUUACCACUGUUUCCAUCUCAAAACCAAAGAAACAACAACAGAAACAGUGGUAGCAGUGGUGUUGUUGAAGUUGUUUCUGCUUCUUCUCCUUCAAUGGAUGAUACUUCAGCAACAUCUAACUGGAUUGAUGGAAUAUUGAAGGAUCUCAUCAACAGUUCCAACACUGUUUCCAUUCCUCAACUCAUCAGCAACGUGAGGGAGAUCAUAUAUCCUUGCAAUCCCAACCUUGCAGUGGUUCUUGAACACAGGUUGCGCCUUCUAACAGAGUCUGCACCACCACCAAGCUCAUCUGUUGAACAGAGAAAAAGGGGUUUGCCUCCACCUAAUGGCAUUGUUCCUAGUUUGCAUUUUCCUGAUCCGUCAGUUAAUCAAAACAUGUAUUCCAAUUGGGGUGUGCCUCCAAUCAACAACCCCAACAACACCAACAAUAACAACCCUUCAGUUUCAUUGAUUACUUUACCUUCUCCACCAUCUACACACCAGAGUUAUUCUCCAUCACAAGAAAAGCAACAGCAACAGCAUCAGCAGAAUCAAGAGGAAGAUCUUGCAGUUGCUGCAUCAGCAGCAGCAGCAGCAGCUACAAGCAGUGCUGAAAUGGUGCUGGCUAGGAAGAAGAAAGAGGAGAUUCAGGAGCAGAAGAAGAAAGAUGAAGAGGGUUUGCAUCUUCUCACUUUACUCCUCCAGUGUGCAGAAGCAGUUUCAGCUGAGAAUCUAGAAGAUGCAAACAAGAUGCUACUUGAGAUUUCUCAACUCUCCACUCCAUUUGGCACAUCAGCACAGCGUGUAGCAGCAUAUUUCUCAGAAGCCAUAUCAGCAAGGCUUGUGAGUUCUUGUUUGGGAAUCUAUGCAACUCUUCCACACACCCCACUUAGCCAAAAGGUAGCAUCAGCUUUCCAAGUCUUCAAUGGGAUCAGCCCCUUUGUAAAGUUCUCACAUUUCACAGCAAACCAAGCCAUACAAGAAGCCUUUGACAGGGAAGAGAGGGUGCACAUCAUAGAUCUUGACAUAAUGCAGGGUUUGCAGUGGCCCGGGCUUUUCCACAUCCUUGCUUCCAGGCCCGGCGGGCCUCCUUAUGUGAGGCUCACGGGCCUGGGAACCUCCAUGGAAGCCCUUGAGGCCACUGGCAAACGGUUGUCCGAUUUUGCCAGCAAGCUUGGGCUUCCAUUUGAGUUCUUCCCAGUUGCUGAGAAAGUUGGGAACCUUGACCCUGAGAGGCUUAAUGUGAGCAAAACAGAAGCUGUUGCUGUCCACUGGUUGCAACAUUCCCUCUAUGAUGUCACAGGAUCAGACACCAACACUUUGUGGCUCUUGCAGAGGUUGGCUCCUAAAGUGGUGACUGUGGUGGAGCAGGACCUGAGCAAUGCGGGUUCUUUCUUGGGAAGGUUUGUGGAGGCCAUACACUACUAUUCAGCAUUGUUCGAUUCUCUGGGGUCUAGCUAUGGGGAAGAGAGUGAGGAGAGACAUGUGGUGGAGCAGCAGCUACUUUCGAGGGAGAUUCGGAAUGUUCUGGCAGUUGGGGGGCCAUCAAGGACAGGAGAGAUCAAGUUCCAUAACUGGAGGGAAAAGCUUCAGCAGUGUGGGUUCAGAGGGAUCUCACUGGCUGGGAAUGCUGCAACACAAGCUAGUCUUCUCCUUGGGAUGUUCCCUUCUGAAGGGUACACCUUGGUAGAGGACAAUGGGAUCCUUAAACUUGGUUGGAAAGACCUUUGCUUGCUCACUGCUUCAGCUUGGAGACCUCCCUUCACUGCCAUUCCCCAUCAUCAUAACUAGUCUCCUCCUAUGCCAAGCUUUCUGAUGUGGUGAUGGCAUUGUCAUAUGAGAGCAUACUUGGAUUCACUUUCAGAUCUUCCAGAAUCAGUUCUGCUCCCAUAAGUGCACUAUGAGUCACAUCUCCUAGAAUCAAUUCUCCUUCCAACGUGAAAAUCCACUGUUUAUCCAAAUAUGCACUGAUUCUAAUCCUCUUCAGCAUCCCUCUGUUCCUUAGUUUAGAAUGAGAGAUUGUUACGUGUUUACAAAGCAUGUGAUUUAUCUUGCAAGAAUGUGUACCAACUCAGCAAUAUGACAUGAAAAAGAAUAUAGGUAAGAUAGAAGAAAGUGAUGUCAAAAUGGCUGAAGUGGUACAUGUUUAGUGAUAGUAUUUUAUUGAGGGAACUUAAAACGGAUGUUACUAUGAUGUUUUGACUUUUAUGGGUAUUGGUAUAGCCUUGGUGAAUGAGUAGUUUAAUGAUUAGGCGCUGGUUUACUUACUAAA